AUGAAUAGAAAAGGCGAGUUCAAAGAGGAGCUUAUCAAUUACAUCCUGCUAAAGAAAUAUGGCACAAAGCCAGAGGAUCCUCCAGUGUAUUCCAAUGCACUGGGAAAAAUAUCUAAGGAAAUUUUCCCGGCCGGUCUUAUGGAUGUUCUUGAUUCCUACACCAUAAAUCCGAAUCGAGAAGAAGGAGUGAAUUUUCUACUUUCGCUCAACUCCUUUAUAAGCUGCAUUGACUCUGACGAGCUGAGGGACAUUCUUUUUGGAAUGAUCAAUAUAAAUUCGACACUUACCAAGCUCAUAAAAGACAAGAAGGAAAUGGAGAAGUUUCCGAAUGUCUGUGAGAUGUAUUCGGAGCAAUUCAAGGCUAACAAGAACCUGCUUAAGGAGUUUAACACAAGUUUUAAGAAAGAGCAAGGGAACCUUGAAAUAGAUGGGCCGUCGGAAAAUGUUAUAACCAGAUUUCCCCCAGAGCCUAACGGCCGCCUCCAUAUUGGACAUGCAAGAGCAGCACUUUUGAAUUGGUAUUUUUCCAGCAAAGGGAAUGGACGUCUGCUGGUUAGGUUUGAUGAUACAAACCCCGAGAAGGAGGAAGAAAGGUUUGAGAAGGGAAUUCUAAAGGAUCUCGAUCUUCUGGGAAUCAGAGAAUACACUCUUUCCCACACCAGUGACUACUUUGAAAAGAUAAUAGAUUUGGCCUUUUUCUUGAUAGAUGAGGGUAAGGCAUAUGCAGAUAACACGCCACAGGAAGAAAUGAGGGAUGAAAGAGGAAAGGGUAUUGAGUCCAAAUGCAGGAAUAUGAGUACAGAGGAAAGCAAAAGGAUAUUUGAGGAAAUGAUCAGCGGGGAAGCCUCCGGAUAUUGUCUGAGAGCAAAGAUAGACAUGUCCAACUGCAACAAGGCCAUGAGAGAUCCUGUUAUUUUCAGAAUGAACAAAUCUCCUCAUCAUAGAACGGGCGACAAGUACAAAGUUUAUCCCACUUAUGACUUUUCAUGUCCCAUUGUCGACAGUCUGGAGGGGGUUACAUUGUCACUUCGUGCUAAUGAAUAUAGAGAUAGAAAUCCUCAAUACUACUGGUUCAUAGAGAAUCUUCAAUUAAGUAAUAGGCCUAAAAUUCAUGACUUCUCGAGACUCAACUUCGAGAAUACCGUUCUUAGUAAAAGAAAGCUUAAGUACUACGUCGAUAACGGAUUUGUGUCGGGAUGGGAUGAUCCAAGGCUAGCAACAGUUGCGGGAAUAAGGAGGCUUGGGAUGAACAUGGAAGUUCUCAGAGAAUAUAUACUGAUGCAGGGAGUUUCUCAAAAGACCUGUACCAUAUCUUGGGACAAGGUCUGGGCAAUGAACAAAAAAAGAGUUGAUCCUGUGGCACCAAGAUAUUUCUGCGUUCAGCAAAGAAAUGUUGUAGAAGUGUCUGUUAAAAAUACAUCGGAAUAUAUGAUGAGUGUUCCAAGGCACAAGAAGAAUGGAGACAUCGGGACAAAGGAGGUCUUCUACUCAAGUUUAAUACUUCUUUCUCAAGAAGAUGGGCAAAUACUCCAAGAAAAUGAAGAAUUUACAUUGAUGAACUGGGGAAAUGCGAUUGUUCGAAGUAAAAGUGUCCAGGACGGAAUUGUGACUAAGAUGGAAAUCAUUCUUAAUCCAGAAGGUGAUUUCAAGCAGACAAAGAACAAAAUAUCGUGGGUUUCCAAGAGGGGAUCUGUAGUUGUGGAGCUUAUUGAAUAUGGAAGUCUGAUGACUGACGGGGACGACGAGGAUCUGGCAGCGAGAUUCAACACGGAUUCCAUCCAAAAGGAGUAUUGGUAUGCUGAAUCUGCCGUUGUGGACAUUAAGGAAGGAGAUGUGAUUCAAUUUGAGCGAAAUGGUUUUUAUUACUGCGAUGGAUUUUUGGUAUUUAAUCUAUUGCCCUUUACUAAGCAAAAAAGAACAGCCAAUUAA